CUCUCCUUUUAAGAUGCCCUCAAAUAAUCUCUUCUCCCUCCCCGCCGCCCCCCUCCUCCUCACAACAGCCCUCCUCUUCUCCUCCCUUGCCGCCGCCAUCCCCUUCCCCCAGCGACUAGACGACAUGACUUUCCGGCCCCGCUCAUCCGUCGAAGUCGCUCCGCGCUGGAUAUCCGAGCCCAGCGGUCACGUCGGGACGAGCGUUCUAGGUCCUCCGCACGGCAGCACCAAACCACUCAAAUCUCGAGCAGAAUGGCCGGUCGUCGAAGAAGCUACUACUACUUUUGACCCGAUAGAAAAGCAGAGGACCCAGAAGCGCAGCAGCGCCGGGGAGCCCGAGCCCCCCGAGAAUUCGCUGAGGGGCGAUACGAAGGUGUAUUCGGGCAGUUAUUGGUAGCGGACCCCGUACUAUCUGUGAUUGUCUUCUUUCCUUUGUUGUACUGUUUGUUGGGUCAGAGUAUUCGGCGUUUGGACAAAAUUAAAAAUUGGGCUUUCUAGAAGGACUCUUAGGUUGGCGUUCGGGUAUUGGGGAAAUCAAUA